AUUCGAGUAGUACUACACCAGUAGACCAUAUAUACCUUCUAUUUUGAGAAACACGCACCCAGUUUGCAAUUGCUCUAAUUCAACCCCCCAUUGCAGCAAUCAAAAUGGCCUCCAUCCUACCACCAGAUAUCAUGGCCCUCCAACUCUCCACCAUCGAUCUCCUCACGGCCAUGUUCCCCACACCAGGCGAGCUGGACAUCCCAGCCUCCACAACAGACUACAUCGACCGACUCCGCAAUUGGUGCGAAGACCCAUCCUCAGCACCCCCCGACACACCAGCUCGACUCGACCUCGCCGUGCGACUCCCGAUCCCAUCCAGCAACCAAAUCAUCCAAGUAAACAUCACCGUGCCCCUCCAGCACACCAGCUCAGAAACAGAACUCGACGAACCCCCACCACUCAGCUACACCCUCCGCCAGCCGGAGUGGCUCUCCCGCGCCGAGCUAGCUUCCAUCUCCGCCGACAUGCCCACAGACGACAUCCUCUCCGCCUUCCAAUACAUCCAAGACACAGCAUGCGCACACCUCACCUCAACAUCAACAUCAUCACCAAACCCGACCUCCACCUCCAACCCAACUCAACCCAUCAUCCGCGCCUGGUUCUAUUUCCCCUCUCUAUCCACGCGCGAAAAGCGCGACGACCUCGUCCGCACCGCCCCAGCCUACUCCCUCACAGGCUUCGUCCUCGCCGGCAAGCCCGGCGUCCUCUGUCUAGAAGGCGAGUCAGCGCGCAUCGACGCCUACAUGAAGUACAUCAAGACGCACUCGUGGGGCGACAUCCCCAGCCACCAGAAGAAGGUCAGCGAGCGGUUCCGGCAGACGGAGGCCGUGGAGCGUGUUUUCGACGGAAUGGAGGAGAUCACGGACUCGUUGGGCGAGAGGAGUGGGCAGCGCGCGAACCGGGGCGAUAUGCAGGCUUUGGAGGCCUGGUUGGGCGCGAGGGGGUUGGGGGAGGCGUUUGAGAGGGUGAUUUUUUGAGUUAUCUAUAUAUGCAUGUGCC